AUAACCUCCCAAUAAACUUCCGGUUAUGACAAAAAAAAGUUGGGAAGGAUGGAACUCGACUAACGGCGGAUUAUUUUGCCCACAAUCUUUCCAAGAAAACAAAGGAUCCAGGCGGGAUUUUGUACCAUAUUAUAAAGUGUUCGGUGGGUGCAGUGGUUUUUGGCUGUGUGUAUUUGAGUGAGGGUGUGUGUCUUAAGAGUGUGUGCGUGUGAGAGAGAGGGAGUGAGAGAGCGUGUGUGUGUGUGUGUGUGUGUGUGUGUAUGUGUGUGUGUGUGUGGUGACUCGGAAGCCAUGGCCUCGACCAAGUCCAAGAACCAGAGCUCCCUAAGUCUCCACAAGGUCAUCAUGGUUGGGAGUGGCGGCGUUGGCAAGUCGGCGCUCACGCUGCAGUUCAUGUACGACGAGUUUGUGGAGGACUACGAGCCCACCAAAGCAGACAGCUACAGGAAGAAAGUGGUGCUGGACGGCGAGGACGUCCAGAUCGACAUCCUGGACACGGCCGGACAGGAAGACUACGCCGCCAUCAGGGACAACUACUUCCGCAGUGGCGAGGGCUUCCUCCUCGUCUUCUCCAUCACCGAGCUCGAGUCCUUCACCGCGUCUUCAGAGUUCAGAGAGCAGAUCCUGCGGGUGAAGCCGGACGGCGAGACCAUCCCGCUGCUGCUGGUGGGGAACAAGUCCGACCUGGAGGACCGCCGGCAGGUGGCGGCCAACGACGCGCGCGCCAAGGCGGAGCAGUGGGGCGUGCAGUACGUGGAGACCUCGGCCAAGACGCGCGCAUACGUCGAUAAGGUGUUUUUCGAUCUCAUGCGAGAGGUGAGAGCGAAAAAGAUGUCCGAGAACAAGGAGAAGAACGGCAAGAAGGGAGGCAAGAACAAGAAGAGCGUGAAGGAGCGCUGUCUCCUCCUUUGAUCCACAGACAGGAAGACAGAAACAGCAGGGGAGCCAGUUGCCCUCUUCUGAAUGGCACACAGAGAAACUGCCGUCCGCUGUGUGGGGUCCACAAAAUCAAUCCCAGCAUGCUUUGUGCCUGUACACUCUUCCUCUCACUCUCAUCCCUCUCAUUUCUUUUCUUGGAAAGAUUUAAGCAAAGGCUCUCCUAAUCAUUUUGUGUAGAUCUGAAAGAAAUCAAAGGGGUUUUUUUAUGCACUAAAUCAUCCCGCCUUUUUCGCUAUUGUAUGUUUGUUUUCUGUGUUCGCUCACUGGCCGGAGUCCUCUCUGUGUCACACAGCAAGAAAAAAGUCACAAUUUAUAAUCCAAAGUGCUCCACAUCCACACAACACACAACAGAAAUCAAAUGAAGGCCCUGACUCUCUCUCUAUAUACCUUACACUGCAGGUGAACUUCACAUGCAGACACAUAUGAUCCAUUGUAACACGCACCCAGUAAAUGCACACCAGAAUUUUCACUUAUAUUUUUCUAUGCACGCUUAUAAAAUGCCGGCUUUGCAAUCUGCCUCGAACUGCCUGUUCAGUAUUUUGUAAAGAUAAUGUUUUAUUGUGGAUAUGCUUAUUUUCUUUACUAUAAAAAAAACUGUUUAAAUACAGAUUAAAUAAACAAGUUAUUUCUUCUUUGUA